AUGCUCCUCGACAACGAAGGGAACCGAAAUGGUCUGGAUUUAUGCAGGCCAACUUCUCUAGGGCAUCGGAGGGACCUGACAAUCAACUUGGAUGAGAACGUCUCUUCAGAGAACAAUGCAUUCCACCAUUUAUCCACAGGAACGCUAAAAUUUCCUGACGACCCAACACCGUACACAUUUCAGUCGUGCGAUUUAAUAGAUCAUGGGACAAUUGGAUGUGGAAAUUUUGGUCAGGUUAGCAAAAUGCAGCAUAACCGCACCAAAAAGCUAUUGGCAGUCAAGCGGAUUCGAUGUACAAACGUUGAUGAGAGGGAGAAGACGCGAUUGCUCCGUGAACACGACACAAUCAUGAAAUCGGAGAAAGGCCCAAAUAUAGUCAAGUUUUUUGGAGCAAUAUUCAGCGAGGGAGACUGCUGGAUAUGUAUGGAGUUGAUGGAUGUGUCAUUGAACCACUUGUACAAAAGAGUUUAUCGCGAAAAAAGGCAACGAUUAAGCGAAAAUGUGAUUGGUCACGUUGCCGUUUCGACAGUAGAUGCUUUAGAUUAUCUGAAAAAGGACCUCAAAAUUAUACAUCGAGAUGUGAAACCUUCCAAUAUACUUGUAAACAAAAAUGGAGAUGUAAAACUAUGCGAUUUUGGAAUUUGCGGCCAGUUAGAGGAUUCAGUAGUCAAAACCCAUGAUGCUGGAUGUCAGCCAUAUUUAGCGCCGGAACGAAUUACGAGUCAUUCGAAUUAUGAUGUUAGGGCGGACGUAUGGUCUUUAGGAAUCACUUUGUAUGAAAUUUCGACUGGAAAAUUUCCAUAUAACACAUGGACAACUAUGUUCGAGCAAAUAGCAGCUGUCGUCGAUGGUGACGCCCCAAUGCUAACCCCAAACGGAGGCCCAUUAGAGUUUAGUCCCAGCUUAGUAACUUUCAUAAAUUCAUGCCUCACCAAGGAGCGAAAAUUUCGGCCAAAAUAUGAUACACUGAAGAAAUUUGAAUUUUAUUUAAAAUAUACCGGCGGGUCCGAUAUUCAAAAAGCAAAAGAGAUUCUUGGUCGGGAAGCGAUUGAUGCUCGCGAUCAUCCAGUUGAGAUUCGAGGAUAA